AUGGGCUCCAGCUGCCUGGCCAGGCCUGCAGAUGGGGAUGAGGGCCAGCUGAUGGGGGACAGUCUUCUGGAGCCCCUCUCUAAGCCAGAUGAGAAGCAGGGUGGAGUGAGGAGCGGGGAACCAAGGGGGCUUCCUGGACUCGUGAGAGCCUUCCCCGCCUUCUGGGCUCCCGGGUGCUGUCCUCACAUCUCAGCAUCGCACUGGCUGUCGGGUGCAGAGAGCAGCACGCUGUCCCCUGUCGGGCUCCUCAGAGCCCCCCAUCCUGCCCCCCGGCCCGGCGUAUCUGCCUCCCUGCCCCCCAGGUCCUGGUGUUACUGUCCUGAGGAGCUGGGGCUGUCCCUGCCGUCUGCCCAGGCGUUCCCGGCCGGCCAUCUUUGCAGCUUGGCCUGGCUCUGGCCCCAGGCUGCACCCUUCGAGGAACUUCUGCUGAGGAGCUGCUCAGAGCUCGGAAGGACCUUCCCGAGAGGAGAGGAGGAGAGAGAGACACAGAGAGAGAGGUGGAGCCAGUUUCCUGGAGUCACAGAGCUGGGAAGUAGCUGCACUGAGAUGAAAACCCAGAAAGUCUCAUGCUUCACUCAGAGACCCAGGACGGAUGCCAAGUGGACCACCCCACCCCACUGCAGAAGUGGCUGUUUGCAGGAAUGCGCUGUCUCCUCUUGGGCUCAUGCACGGGAAGGACCACAGCAUAACGUGGCUGAAACUGACCACAGGCACUAGCCGAGUGGCCAGUCCCAGCUACCCCGCCCUGCCUCCCAUCUGCCCAGGGCCUACUGUGAGCUGACCACACCACGACACACACAGCAUCUCAUUUAUUUCAUUAAAAAAAAACUCUCCCUCCAUUUAUUUUCCUUUUCUUUUUUCUCUAUUUUUCAUUAGUGUAUAUUUGUGACAUAAGAAAUGCAUUCAUCAUGGGGAAUCGGCACCUAUACAAACUCUGGUCUUAAUCCUUUUUACUCCCUUUCUCUCCCCACUCUCCUAUCUCCACCACCCUCAGACUCCCCCUCCCCUCCUUUGCUUUGAUUUAUUGAUCCUUUGUAUUGGGUUUUUUGGUACCGGGGAUCGAACUCGGGUCCUUGUGCUUGAGCAGCAGGCAACGAAACCACUAAGCUAAAUCCCAGGCCCUGUAUUGGUUUUUAAUCUCAAUUCAUUAAUUUCCAUUCUGAUCAUUACAAUCUCUUUCCUUCUAUUAGUUUCAGAGUUGGGUUGCUCUUGUCUUUCUAGGACCUUAAGAUGCAUCCUCAGAUUAUUUAUUUGGGAUCACUCUAUUAGGCCCUAACCUUCCCUCUCAGAACUGCUUUCAUUGAGUUCCACAGGUCUUGAUAUGUUGUGCUUUCAUUGUCCUUUGAUUCUAGGAACUUGUAAAUGUCUUCUGUGAUCCGUGGAUUAUUCAAUAGCAUAUUCUUUAAUCUCCCUGUAUUUGAGUAAAAUAGUUUCUGUGGCUUCUUUUCCUGUUGAUUUCUACCUUCACUCCAAUA